UGCUAAUCCAUCGAUACAAAUCUGAAAAAAACUCUCACAAGCAUAAUUCAGUGACCAAGAGUAACUUGAAUCCAUCGUUGUUCUUCUUUAUUUCUGUGUUGAUCGUAUUCUAGUUGUUUGAGUAUGGCGGAACAACACAUCAAGCCGAGUUAUGAGUACGACACCGCGCCCGUUGGGGAUGAUCAGCAGGGUGGGGUGGAGACCAAGGACCGUGGGUUGUUCGAUUUCUUGGGGAAGAAAAAGGACGAGAAACCCCAAGAAGAGGUGAUGGUCACUGAGUUCGAGAAAUGCAAGGUGUCUGAACCUGAGCCAAAGGUAGAGGAACAUUACAAGCAGGAGGAGCAGAAGGACAAGAAGGAACACGCUCCCUCAGAGAAGUUCCGUCGAUCCGGCAGCAGUUCUAGCUCUUCUAGCGAUGAGGAGGAAGGUGAAGGAGAAGAAAAGAAGAAGAAAAGGAAGGAAAGGAAGGAAAAGAAGGGACUGAAGGGUACACUCCAGGAGAAGUUAGCAGGAGAGAAGGAAGAGGAGAAGCACGAGAAGUACGAGGAUAAGCACGAGAGGGAAGAGGAUAAGUAUGUGGAGAAGCACGAGAAGAAAGAGGAGAAGCACGAGAAGUACGAGGACACUACCGUUCCGGUACACGUUGAGAAGUACGAGGAGGAAGUAGCCCAUAUUCCUGAAGAGCCGGCCCAAACUGAGGAAAAGAAGGGCUUCCUUGAGAAAAUCAAGGAAAAACUUCCAGGCGGCCAGCACAACAAGAAGGCUGAAGAGGUCCCUCCUCCCUCGUCGACCGAGUACGGCUCCUCUGCUCUGCCGCCUGCUUAUGAAGGCGAGGCGAAGGAGAAGAAGGGCAUUUUGGAGAAGAUCAAGGAGAAGAUCCCUGGAUACCACCCCAAGACCGAGGAGGAGAAAGAAAAAGAGAAGGAUGUGAAGAAAGAGUCUGCUUAUUGAGUGGACCAUUUCUGUGUUUAAAGGAAUUGAUGAUAAGUGGGCGUGCUUUGUUUGUUUAUUUGAUGGUAUUUUUUUUGCUUUUAUUUGUUAUUGUUUGGGUUUGUAAUCUUUGUUUGUAAGUGCUUUAUAUAUAUAUAUAUAUAUGCUUAUAUCUAAGUUGUUUAAUUAGAUUUAAAUUCUUGUUUUUUAAAAUUUAAAUAAAAGAUAUCCGUUUGUUAUUU